GGAUAAAAGAAAUCGGUUUAGAAUCAAGCAGAAGAAUCGAAGGAAUGACAGACAACGGAGGGGCGAGAAAUCUGGAGCUAUGGAAUCGAUUAGAAGGAAAGGUUGUGAUGGUAACGGGAGCUUCUUCCGGACUAGGGCGAGAAUUCUGCUUGAAUCUCGCUAUGGCAGGCUGCAACAUUCUCGCCGUCGCUCGGAGGAAGGAUCGAUUGAAAUCUCUCUGUGACGAAAUCAAUCAAAUGAAACUGAAAAAUUCGAAUAUUAAUGCUUCAGCUUCAGCUUCUUCGUCUUCAUCGGAGGAUUCCAAAUCCAAAGCCUUCGCAGAAAUCAGAGCUGUUGCGGUAGAGCUCGACGUAUGCUCCGCUGGACCUGCAAUAGACGCGUCUGUGCAUAUUGCCUGGGAUGCGUUUGGCCGGAUCGAUGCCUUAAUUAACUCUGCCGGAGUCAGAGGUACUGUGAGUUCCUCGUUAGAUUUGUCUGAAGAGGAAUGGAAUAAUACUAUUAGAACCGACCUGACAGGUUCCUGGCUAGUAACCAAAUCAGUGUGUCGUCGAUUCCGUGAAAAUGGUUUGGAAGGAUCAGUUAUAUUUAUUUCUUCCAUCAGUGGUACUCAGCGUGGAGAGCUACCAGGAGGUAUUGCCUAUGGAGCCGCAAAGGCUGGUCUAAACGCCAUGACCAAGAUCAUGGCUAUAGAGUUGGGGCAGCUCAAGAUAAGAGUGAACUCAAUAGCUCCUGGGUUAUUUAAGUCGGAGAUCACAGAGGGACUUAUGCAGAAAGAUUGGCUCGACACUGUGGCUUUAAAGACUAUUCCUUUAGGAAAAUUUGGCACAAUUGACCCAGCUUUGACAUCUCUUAUUCGAUAUUUGAUUCAUGACUCCUCUAGCUAUGUCUCAGGCAAUGUAUUUAUUGUUGACUCAGGGAACACCCUACCGGGUGUCCCCAUUUUCUCCUCCCUUUAGUCCUCUCUCUCUCUCUCUCUCUCAAAUAAAGUUAAAUUUCAUUAACUUGGUAUCUUGA